AUGGGUACUUACAGGAAACGUUGGAAUGAGAAGGCCAGGGCAGGCCAGAUGUCGAAACUGCAUGCUCUCAGAAAGGUUAGAAAUAAACAAUUCACAAAGCAUGAGGAUGAUUCUGGCGCUGUAGAGGAUGCAGCCAAUGAGAGCGAUGUCAUAAAGGACACCAAUGCAGAAAUUCUGGAGCCACUAAGUAAAGAAGAGAAGGAAGAAAAGAAGAGACGUCUUCAAGAAGAAUUUACUCCUACAGAUAGCAAGAUAUCACAGAAGAAGAAGAAGAGGUUAGAGAAGUUUAUUGAGCAUCAGUUGAAGAGAGAGGAACGGAAAACUAUUAUUGAGAAGCUGCAAGCUUAUAAAGUGGAUACUUCGAUUUUAACGAGUAGUAAGAAACUUGGACAAGGUAGACAAACUAAGAAAGAGGAAUUUGAAGAGGCACUCAAGCUAGAAAGACAGGGCAGAGGUGAUGAAAGCACAAAGGAGAUUCUUUAUGAAGAAAAGGAACACAAAAACUGGCAUACGGGAGAAGAUAAUGAAGAUGAUUCAGAAGGUUGCAAUGGAGAUAAGGAAGAAUUCAUUAGUACUACUCAGAGUAGUGGGGGUUUUAUUGAUAAUAGGCCAAGUAAAUUUGGAGGCUCUGGUGCGGGUUUUGGUUUUUCCAAUGUUACUGUAGUGAAGAAAAGAUCCAAGCAUAACCCUAAGAAGAAGUAUAACUGGAGAGAAAGGGUUGAACAAGAAGAAAAGAGAAAACACAAAAUUGAAGACGAUAUGGAUUUUGAUUCAUCUAGCGAGGAGGAAUCUGAGACCUCUGCAACUGCAUCAUCUGACGAAACUUCUUCGAAAGAAAGUGAAGAAGAUGUAACUUCAAACAAGGUGGACAAGUUCAAAGUCAGUAAGUCAGGAGAAAACUUCAAAGAGUGGGCCAUUAAUCAAAUAAAAAAAAUGGAGGGUAGAGAUGUCGAAUAUGUGACCCCUAAAUUAAACGUUAAGUAUGAACCUAUCUACAGACCAGAGGAUUUAGAAGAUGGUUUGCAGGAAGAUGAUAUACCUGUAAAUAAGCAUUCGCAGAGGAAAGCAUUCGUUGUGGAAGUUGAUAGGUCGGACUCUGUUCAAGCUGUAAGAAUGCAGCUCCCGGUUUUUUCCAAAGAACACGAUAUUAUGGAGGCUAUCCACCACAACGAUGUUGUAAUCAUUUGUGGUGAAACAGGAUCAGGUAAAACAACUCAAGUUCCACAAUUCCUGUAUGAAUCAGGAUACGGACAUCCUGAUUCCCCAGAAAAUCCUGGUAUGAUUGGUAUUACACAACCUAGAAGAGUUGCUGCAGUUUCCAUGGCUAAUCGUGUAUCUGACGAAUUGGGUAGCGAUGGCGCUAAAGUUGCCUAUCAGAUUAGGUUUGAUUCGACUGUUAAAGAGGAUACCAGGAUGAAGUUUAUGACGGAUGGUGUGCUAUUAAGAGAGAUGAUGCAUGAUUUCAAACUUUCCAAAUAUUCUGCGAUAAUAAUUGAUGAAGCACAUGAACGUAAUAUUAACACGGAUAUAUUGCUAGGUAUGUUGAGUCGUUGCGUGAAAUUGCGUUCAAAGGAAAACAGAGAGAAUCCAGAGUUAAAUAAAAAGCUGAAGGUCAUCAUCAUGUCAGCCACCUUAAGAGUAUCAGAUUUCAGUGAAAACAGGGCACUUUUUAGCACUCCUCCGCCUAUUUUAAAGGUGGAUGGUAGACAAUACCCCGUCUCGAUCCAUUUCAAUCGUAAGACAUCCCAUGAUUACCUUGAAGAAGCAUUCAAGAAAACAUGCAAAAUACAUAGAAGGCUGCCACCUGGAUCCAUCCUGGUCUUUAUGACUGGGCAACAGGAAAUUACUCACAUGGUAAAAAAGCUGAGAGAAGAAUUCCCAUUUGGAGGAAAUGAAAAAGACAUCAAUAAAGAUUUGCCAACCAUUCGCUUUACUUCGAAAGAAGCAGAUCUGGAAGCAGAGGACAUUGAGUUCAGUACUAAUACCAUUAUUAAUGAAGAGUUUGAUGAUGGUCUUGAUUCAGGUAUAGAGGAGGAAGAAGAAGAAGGUUUUACCGAAACACUAGAGGAGGGCCAAACUGCAAAUGAUCCAUUAUAUGUUCUGCCUUUAUACUCACUGUUACCUACGAAGGAGCAAAUAAAGGUUUUCCGUCAACCUCCAAAGGGCUCUAGACUGUGUGUUGUUGCUACGAAUGUAGCAGAAACUUCUUUAACGAUUCCUGGAAUCAGAUACGUUGUAGACUGUGGUAGGUCGAAGGAACGUAAAUAUGACGAAUCAACUGGUGUUCAAAGCUUCGAAAUUGACUGGAUUAGUAAAGCAUCUGCAGAUCAAAGAAGUGGUAGAGCUGGACGUACUGGACCUGGACAUUGUUACCGUUUGUACUCCUCUGCUGUCUAUGAGAGAGAUUUCGAGCAAUUUUCUCAGCCUGAAAUCUUGAGAAUGCCUGUGGAAAAUGUUGUAUUACAGAUGAAGAGUAUGUCGAUUCAUCGGAUCACGAACUUUCCAUUCCCAACCCCUCCAGACCCUCUAUCACUAUCGAAGGCUAUAUAUUUGCUCCAACAUCUUGGUGCUUUAGAUGAAAACGAGAAGAUUACUAUUGAUGGUAGAAAAAUGAGUCUGUUCCCACUAAGUCCAAGAUUUUCUAAGAUGUUAUUAGUUGGAAAUGACCAUAAUUGUCUACCAUACGUGGUUUCUAUUGUUAGUGGGUUAUCUGUUGGUGAUCCAUUUUUUCAGGAACAUGAAGUAGGACUCGAUAACAAUGACAGCGAUGCCCAAACGGAUGAAACUGAAGAUUUAUCGACCCCAAUUGACGAGCGCAAGCGUGCUUUGAGGGUGAAAUAUUUCAAAAGUAGAUCAAAAUUUAGCAAGUUGGACAAAUAUAGCGAUGUCUUCAGACUGUUAAGCGCAAUCUGCGCGUUGGACUACAUUCCGAUUGAACACAGAACGAGGUUCAUGCAUGAUAACUUCCUCCGCGUUAAAACAUUGAACGAAAUACUCAAACUCAGAAAACAAGUCAUGUACAUUAUUAAGUCCAAUACGUCGAAGCAAAAUGCCGCUGUGGCCGUUCGCGAUGAGGAGAUGAAGGCUGCAGUUCCAAACGAAACACAGGUAAAACUCCUGAAACAAAUGAUUUGCGCCGGUUUCGUAGAUCAAGUGGCAAUCAGAGCAGAUCUCCUAUUCCCAGGAGAUGCAAAUAUCACCAGCAAGUCGAAGAUCACUGAUAUUCCAUACAUUCCAGUUCUUGCACAACGGACAGCAAAUAUUCAAGACAUCUUCGCCUUUAUACAUCCAGGUUCAAUCCUUUCCUCUUCUGGAGAACAACCUCCGAACUAUCUUGUCUUCCAUUCCCUUUAUAGAAACACCAACGCUGAAAAUCCAAGGACAAGAAUGCGGCUACUCUGUGACAUUAAAAGUACACCUCUUGCAAAUGUUGCAAAAUCAGGCUCUUUGCUUACCUACAGCAAACCACUGACUACAAAAACCAUUAAGCCUAUUGAUAUAUCUCCUUUUGAACGCUACUGCUAUUUAACUCCAAGAUUUGGAGCCUCAAUUGAUAGUGACAUUAAGAUUGGUUGGGAACUUAAUCCCAUCGCAGUUCACCAAAAAAAAAUCCAAGGUAAAUGGCAUGUCAGUAAAUUCAUAACAAGUACAGAUUAUAAAAAUAAGGCAUUAAAAAUGAAGUGA